GAAAGUGAGGGGAACAUUGCUGGGAGAGAAGAGAAAGUGCCAGGGCAAGUGAGGGAGAGGAAAAUAAAGAAAGAAGAGCUGGGUAAGAGGGAGAGAUGGGGGUAGUUUGAGGAAAGAGGAGAAUCACUUGCAGAAAUAGACUUAUUUUAGGGGAGUUAAGAGGGAAAGUUGGUAAAAGAAAGAAGACAGUUAUAAAAAAAGAAAAACAACCCACCCAAAAGUCAGGAGGAGUGAACAAAGAGAGGGGAAUAGGAGAAGAGGUUGGGAUUAACUUUCUGUGUUUAUAGAAUAAUAGCGUGAAAAUAAAGUAAGAAGAAAGAAAGAAAGAAAGAAAGAGUGUGAAAGAAUCCAGGAAGGAGAGAGAGAGGAGGAACGCCCAGUGAAUGGAGGCACACUGCCAUACUCUGCACUGAUUCAACAAGGACCAAGUUGGUUGGCUGGAGAGACACCAUUCGCAAGAUGGCUGGGGACCCCAUCAAAUCCACAGAAUCCUAUAUGGAUCUCCAUUUCCAAUCUCUGGCCGCUAAGGAACUUAAUAACAAGCAAAUGGAAUUGGACUCUGCUACAGCAAAACUGGAUCAGCUGAAACGGGAGCUAGAAACGCGUCGGGAAUCUGGACAGCCUCGAAAAGCAGAGAACUUGGAAAUUCCUCAGAAUCCUAAUCCCACAAUCUCUCCCUCCUUGACACGGCGGUCUGUGCCUCCUCAACCCCCCCCUACAUUUGGUCCAGCACCUACUCUGCUUACCCAUAGGCCCCGUCCGCAAGAGUCUAUGGGCCCCAUAGUUGCACCACUUUCUGUCAGUAGUAAACAUUCAGUUCCCUCCCCCCCCAUUACUCGCCGGUCCCUCGCAUCAGAGACUUUUGACUCCUAUGUUCCUCCAACUACAUUAGGCUCAUCUUCUUCUUUGAUUAGCCACCGGCCACGUCCACUGGAGUCCUCUCUUUCUGCUCCUAUGCUUCCUCCUCUAUCUAUUAGCAGUAGUCAUCCAGUUCCCUCUCCACCCCUCAUCCGUCGUUCCGCGACUUCAGAUAAUUUUGACUCCUACCACACUUCAUCCUCCUCCUCCUCCCGUGGCUCUCGGGGUCUCCCUUUAUCUCCUCGUCUCCCGUACUAUGAACGGGGACCCAGGAGUCUAUCAUCCAGUACCUUUGAUUAUGCCAGAACAGGGACACCUUCCCUGGAUGGUUCCUCCGCUGGAAUGUAUACAGACAGGGUCCCCUCUCAGAGGCCGCCCCUAUCCUUUGAAGGACCCCAAGGAUUUGCUCCAGUCAGGUUCUCAGAUGAUGUUACAUCUCUUCGCCGCCGUCCUGCGCAACGCAGCUGGAAUGAAUCAGAUCUGGAUAUGUCCUAUGACAAAAAGGCUCCUCCAGAGAGGGUAGAACGUGCACCGAUUAGUGCAGUGCCUCUGGUAAAAGCCUGGAGAGAAAGUAGCUUGGACCAAGCACCAGCUAAGGGAAAGGGUGACGUCUCUGCCACACUGCCCCGUGGUUAUAAGUUCUCUGCAGGAGCUGAACGUGGCCCCCAAUUGCCAGACUCGGGAUGGAGGUCUGCGUCUGGGUCCUUGCCUCGACCAUUGCCACCUCAACAGCCAAUCUCCCGCAUUCCUGUUCCUCCUCCUGUCGGAAAAGUCCAACCACAUAGACCUCUUCCUUUGUCUAUGAUCUUCCAUUUACAGAAUGCAUUCUGGGAACACCAGGCCCCACCUCCUGCACAAACCAUGCCAUAUUUUUAUGCCACUCCAGCAAUGACGACAAACCUUCCACCAGCUGUACCUGUUGUUCAAGAUAUGCCCAUUCCUUCUACUAAUGCAGUGGCUCCACCUUCUACUGAAGAGGUGCCUCGCCCUCUCAGUCCCACUAGACUUCAACCUAACCUCCCACCUUCACUGGCUGACGUUCAGAGAGUACUAGAGGACAUACCCCGUCCUUUGAGGAGGCGUGGCUCCCAGGAACAUACUGCUCAGGCCUCAUCAUUUCCUUCACACCGCCGCCAGUAUCAACAAAUCAUGAGUCGACUAUUUGGGAGAGCUACGCCUAAGACCAGUACUGUUUCUGAACAAUUGAAAAUGGAGGAAAAGCUGCAAGGUUCUUCAAGCAAGCAGGGCCCCGCCCCUGCAGAGCAGACAUCAGAAGAAAGUCAUCCAAGCCUUGUCUUCCAAAUUAACCCCAUCCCAGAGGAUGUGAAGGCAGAAGAGAAAUUAGAAGAAAUAACAAACAAGCCUGCUUCCACCCCUGAGGACCCAGUGUGUGUUAUUAUGGAGGUAGAAUCAAGGGUUGGAGCCACAGUCCCAGUGCCAACAGACUAUGAAUUUCGCAUCCCUCUUGUGAUCAGUGAAUCCCCUACCACAGGGCUUCGUUCAGCCUUAAAAGGUAGGGGUUCACCCCUGAAAAGUCGCCCCCGGCGUGCCAGAUUGGACCCCCUCAUUUUGCUUUUGGAUGCUGCUCUCACUGGCGAACAGGAUGUGGUUACUCAAGCUCUGAAAGAGGUUAGCGACCCAAGUCAGCCCAAUGAGGAGGGGAUCACGGCUCUUCACAAUGCUAUAUGUGGCGCCAAUUACAACAUCGUUAGCCUGCUCAUUAGCAGCGGAGCCAACGUCAAUGCAGCGGAUAGUCAUGGAUGGACACCAUUGCAUUGUGCAGCUUCCUGUAACGACCAAAAAAUAUGCAAUAUAUUGGUACGUCACGGAGCGGCCAUCUUCGCCACUACUCACAGUGAUGGCAGUCUACCUGUGGACAAAUGUGAUCCCUACAGGGAAGGAUACAAAGAGUGUCUUACCUACCUAACGGAGGUGGAGCACUGUAUGGGAGAGACCCAGAGUGGAGUAGUCUAUGCGGUGUGGGAUUACACAGCAGAGUUUGCUGAUGAGCUAUCCCUAAAGGAGGGGGACUCUGUCACUGUCCUGAGGAAAGAUGGCGAGAAUGGCACGUGGUGGUGGGCGUCAUUGUGUGGCCGGGAAGGUUACGUCCCACGCAAUUACUUUGGGAUGUACCCAAGAGUUCAGCCCCAACGUUCAUCUCCGUGAAUGACACCCCUGGAAGUGGUGUCGUCAGCUCAGAGAGUUUGUUAACAAAUGUGAUGAACAUCAACACGAUGAGAACAAAGUGUCUGCUCUCCCGCCGGUCUCCGUAGUGUAUGGUUUUUAUAUGCAGAAAGUGCUUCUGUAUUUUGUGCAUUACUGUGAGUGUUUGUAUUGUUAAUGGAACUGGCUUGCAUGCCUCUGCUGUGUGAUUGAUAACCUGGCACACUGUGUGUGUCAGUUGUGUGAAGCCUCUUACUGGUUUCUUUAGUGUGAAAGUGCUGUGUGUCUGUUGUGUUGUUAUAGAGGAUUGGAGCGCGCAGUGAAUAUGUAGUAGCAUAGCUGCAAACCUUUUUUUCUCUUUGUAUAAAAAAUAUUUUGUAAUAAAAUCUAGCUGAUAAAAAA